CUGCUAGCACCCGCCUUGCGCGGCCUCGCUCUGUUCUUCGGCAUUCUAUCUAUCUCCUUCGCAGCCUCCGACAACACCCAAUUCCCCAAAUCCGUCACUCUAUCCUACGAAAUCAUCGGGGACUCCCACCUUAAACCUCUCGUCACAGUUUUCUACGAUCCCAAAUCUCGCAGGCAUUCGCUUUCCUCAUGGACACCUCCAGCACUAGACUCCUUGAAAUCCACAAGCCUUGAGCCAACCUCAUCUCGACUUGUGCGGAUCCACCUCCCGAACGGAAGUUCCACGAUCACAACACUGCAGGCAUUCUCAGAAGAACUGCACCAGAAGAUCGACCUCUGGCUGUCUCCAGACGACGGGUCCGUCUUCUCGGCCGCCGUUUCCAGCCUGUCCCAUCCGCCACUGUCAGCCGAAGAGGACCGGUACAGGAAGAAGGUCGCCAGGGCGAAAGCGAAGGGGAAACCCAUCCCGGCUCGACCGCCAGUUCCUAACACCAAGAAGGCAAGGGAGGAAGCCGCCAGGCAGCUUGCACUGUACGAGCCGGUCAAGGUCAAUCUAUUCUUGGCAGAGGAUGGGCCUGUGCCGGUCUGGAAUACUCGUGCGCCGCCACAGGUUGACGCUGAGGGGAGGGAAGUCGCGCAAGAGGAACAACAGGAGAAGUCUUUCUUCCAGAAAUACUGGUGGGUGUUCUUGAUUGUCGCCUUGCUAUCUAUGGGUGGUGGAGGAGGGAAAUAG